AUGCUGGCUGAGCAAGAAGGCGGUGCCCUUUGGUACCAAGCCAUCUUCCAGACUGCAGCGCCAUUGCUCGGCUACACUUCGCUUGCCGCCGACAAGGCAGCUAAGCGCGCGACCUUCACCGCGACUAUACGCCCAGUCAAACCCAUACUUCCCAAGCUUCUCGACGCGUUCGCCGCCCACGAUGCUUUAGAGGACGCAUUGGACUCGUGGCUAGGCUGGGAGUUCAAGGUUAGCUUUCUCCCGAGUGCCAGCGUUACCAUGUCGGAAGCCAAUUUGCGCUACUGGCUGGGCGAUUUAAACCAGCAAUUGCACUCCAUCCUUGAGGAAGCCGAAAUCAGCUUCCAGAUGCUUCAGUCGGAACUUCAGCAAGAGCCGGCCAGCCGUCACUUUCUCGCAGCCAACAACACCGCGUCCGGCCCCGGUGUCUUCUGCCGCGCGGUAGGCCCUAGCUUGGCCGCCCAUCUGUUCUGCUCUCCAAGCGACGACUUCCGAGCCACGCGCGAGGUGUGGCUCCGCUUCCGCGAGCUCGGCCGCGUGCUGCAGGAGCUCCACGACGGUGUUAAGCCGCUGUUGGCACGUGCCGCCGGUGACGACGUCGAGAUGUGGAUGAUACGUCCCUCGGGUGACGACAAGAACCCCCAGUCGAGCGUUCGAUUGAUGGUCCAGCGUUUCACCAAGCAGAUGUGCAAAGCGGCUGAAUCGUGCCAGGACCUGCUGCGCAAGGGCCCGCCCGACACGGUCAAACUUGCCGACCACAUGCAGGGCGCGGAAGCGGCCUUCACGUUUUUUUGUUACACGGCCAAGGUGUCCAGCGAGCAGUACGACGCGCUCUUUUCGCGCCGUGGCGAGGGCCUGCACGGCCUGCUCAAAGCGGUCAAAGCCAACAUCCGCCGCGUCGAGCAGCACAUGGACCGGUUGAGCAGCUCGCUCAGCCAGUAUCGCGGCAGCUUCGGCCACCCCCAACCAGCGAAUGUGGAGGAGAGCAUGAUGCGCGAGAUCAUUUUGCAGUGCCAGCAAGGGCUGCAGCCCUUUUUUUACAAGGAGGGAGAAAAGGUAGAGGAGGAACCAGGUUACCAGUGGAAUGAGCCAAUGAACGUGUAA